AGGAGGAGGAAGGUCGCGACGCGCUCCGUAGCGUUUAGUCAACCUGGUGGCGCCGAAGAACCAACUGUCGGCGGCGGAGCAGCAACCUGCCGGAGUCGUAGUAAACGAAGGGAGGCAGAGAGCGAGUCGAGAACCGACCGAGGAGGUGCGACGACGUUACACGUGAAUAGCGUCCGCGGUGAAAUUCGAGUGGCGAUCGAGAAAGAGAGACUAAGAGAGAAAGAGAGGCAGAAAGAGUUUUACUUACGGAGAAUCGGAGUUACUCGCGUGUUCUUCUCCGUGGUACCGCGCCCGGUGUGUGCGGGCGCGCGCGCUUGGUUCCGUGGAGAGAGAGAGAGAGAGAGAGAGCGCAGAAGGCGAGAACAGGUGGGACAGGAUGGUAGCCAAGGACCCGAGGAUGGUCACCGCGGAGUUGAUGAACCCGUACGAGAAACCGCCGAGCAUGUCGGUCGGCCAGUCCAUGAGGACCUUUCUUUACAAUCGCGAGACCGGCGCGUUCAUGGGCAGGACCGCAAGUAGCUGGGGUAAAAUCGGACUCUUUUACUUAAUAUUCUACGGCGUCCUGGCGGCGCUCGUCGCCAUUUGCUUCUGGGGAUUCUUUCAAACACUCGACCCGAGAAUACCAAGGUGGCAGCUGGAACGAUCCAUUAUUGGGACCAAUCCGGGAUUGGGAUUCAGGCCGAUGCCACCGACGGAGAACGUGGAGAGCACUUUGAUUUGGUACAGAGGCACCGACAGCGAGAACUUCAAGCACUGGGUUGAUUCACUACAAAUUUUUUUAAAAGAUUACAUCACGCCCGGAUCUGUUCUUGGACUUGGUGCUAACAUUAACAAAUGCGAUUACAAUCAGCCGCCACCACCCGGGAAGGUUUGCGACGUCGACGUGAAGAAUUGGCAUCCCUGCACCAAGGAGAACAGAUUCAACUAUCACAAAUCCGCCCCCUGCAUUUUUCUCAAGCUGAACAAGAUUUACGGCUGGAGGCCGGACUUUUACAACGAUACCGAAAAUCUGCCGAAAAAAAUGCCAAAUGACCUCAAAGAGCAUAUACAGAGUGUGAAAGGGAACAAUUCCCUGCAGCUGAACACGAUCUGGGUGUCCUGCGAAGGCGAGAAUCCUGCCGACCAGGAGAACAUCGGGCCGAUCAACUACCUGCCACGACGCGGUUUCCCCGGCUAUUUCUAUCCUUAUGAAAAUUCCGAGGGUUACCUCAGCCCGCUUGUUGCAGUGCAUUUUGUCAGACCACGAACCGGAAUCCUGAUAAAUGUGGAGUGCAAAGCGUGGGCGAAGAAUAUCAAGCACAGUCGUAACGACAAAAUCGGAGCGGUCCACUUCGAGCUGAUGAUAGAUUAACGAAUUCUGCAAGCAGCCCUACACUUCCCGCGCAGCCUUCUGAACCAAAUUCGACAGAGCGUCCUCUAGGCUCUCGGGACAGCAGCUGGGCGAGUCUUUACCUUCCAAAUAUUAAAGUCGUGAGACGGGCGUGUCUCUCUCCGGCUCUGAACGAUAUUAAUCGAGUACAAAAAAGAGAGUUCUUACGGCAGGCGUUCCCGAAAAUUCGAAGUGGACUGUAUAUCGCGGUGAAAACACGAGCUUCUGAGAGAGUUCCGCGUACGUGUACGUUAAGCGAGAAUAUCAACGAGCAUGGACCGAGAUACCGAGGAGAGGAAACGUUGAGAUUAUCGAGACGAUCAUCACCGAAUCACUUUUGGAGAUAUCUGUUUCCCAUGUCUGUCGUUUUAAACCUGUCAAUUUUGAUAAUGCGAUCGUGACGAAAUAUCGUUGAAACGUUGAUUUUUCAUCACAGAGAAACCGUAAUUCGUGGAUCGCCGAAAUUGUUGUUAACAUUUGCGUGGGACGCAGAGAACACUCCUUUCUAGAGGAAAUCACGCUAGCCUCUGGGAUAUCUGCAUUGCUAAUCUCAAGGAUAAAAUCGUCGAUAAUAAUCAUCGGCGAUGACGCGCCGUCAUUUUACGCAUGCGCUCUACUCGUCGACACUCGUUGCAUGUAUUUGCAGCUUAGGAAAGUUCUCUCGUAAGUUCAAUGUGUGUGCAAUCAAGAGCUUUGGGAACGAACGAGAGGAUAGUAUAGUGGAAUCUCAAAGGACCGUAGCCUUCGUUUAACCGUGCCUUCCUUUGCUCGUAAGCGCAAUUUAUCUGUAAAGAAAUCCGACCAAUAUAAUAGAACGUAAAAGAAUCUCAUUUAAAGAUCAUUUUAAUACUCACUAGCUGCGUAUAGUUUUUAUAAUUGGUCGUGCAGAUGAGAGCGAUCGAAAGACUUUCUUGAUGUUUAAAUGACAAUAGAAAUUAAUGUAUUCACAUAAUGUGUCACACGUCAGAUGAUGAUGUCAUACUUCUUAUCGUAUCGGGACGUCGAUAAUUUCUAUUUUCACGUAGAGAAUGAUAAUCAUGAAAUAGAUAAUAAGAGUAUAACUUUUAUAAACGAAGAGUAUGAAGCAAGAAUGACGUAUGUCAAGUAUAUGGUAAUUGUUAAGGUAUUUAAACCCUGUAUAAUUGUCAAUGUAUAGAACAAAUUUGGUAAAUCUUAUACAAGUUUUAAGAGUUCUGAUAAAUGUCAUAUAUGUCACACGCGCCAGUAUUUCAUACAAUUAAAAGACAGAUUUUUUAAUGUAACGCAAAAGGUGUAAGUUAAAGUGUAAUAAAAAAAAAAGAUAUUGACGUACUUCAUUUUUAUAUACAUAUACUCUUAUUUCCACAAAUGAAGUUUCAAAUUGAUUAAUUGAAUCGUGUGUUUUGUAAACAUCAUUUUACUAGUAAGACGACUUAACCUUCUUUUUCUUCUCUCUUAAAACAAAACAAAAAACAAAAAAAAGGGUGCAUUCGUAAAUCUUAAGUGUAUAGAAAUAAAAUAAUAAUAUGACGUAAUGGCUUAGUCCAAAGAAAAAUGUAUUAAGCCUGCUUAACGACAGAGAUGAAUGACAACAGAAGAACAAUAUAUUAUAUGUUGUUUUAUUCGACGUAAAGGUAUCUCGACACUAUUUUGCUUCUUUUCAUAUAAUUACGAUUUAACACGCACAUGAAAGCGUUUGUGAAAAAAAAAAAACGAAACGAUAGCGAAUAAAUUUCAGUUUAAUCUUGGCGCAGUUAAUGUACAGUUUACGAUCUGUGUGUAGCGUAUUGUAAUUAAGUCGUAAUUAAGUUGUAAUUAUUUGAGCGCAAUCGUUAGCUAAUAGCGAACUCUUUCUUAUUCGAGAAACAAUAUAAGAAUAUCUUUCUCUAUUCCUUCCGAAAUGCGUGAACGAAAAGAGAUAUAUUUAUAUAUAUAUCGUAAACAACUUUACUUUUCUAUCGAACUUUUUUGUAAUUGUUAACGGUACAUAAGUUUGCGUACAUUUUCUUCGUUCGAUCGCGCGAACAGGCAUUUUCCUUUGCAAUGUUUCUUUGUAGAGUAUUAUUAAGGCAACAAUAUUACAUUGUUGUGGUAGUAUUAGUAGAACAUCACUUCUUGUUUAUGUUCUAAUUAUCUCAAAGGCUCAGAUAUUACGAGAAACGAUUAUUCCGCCGACGGAAAAUGUUUUUCCCAGGAAAAAACUUCUCAUAUAUAAUUAUAAUUAUAUAUAGGUAAUCAAUAUGGUUACAUAUAAUUAUAUAUUUUUAUAUAUAUGGACAUGUUAUAUAUACAUAUAUAUAUGACACCUUAUAUAUAAUUAUACAUGGAAAAUUUUUUCCCAAGUUAGUCUUUAGUUGUCGAUAAUUUAGUGCUCAGAUAAUGGUAGCAAUAGUUGAUUCGUACGCUUCUUUCUGAUCGAUUAGGCAUAAACGUUAUCUUUCUCGUAGCUCUUUGUAUAAUUGAACGAUAAAUUGUGAAAUCAUAAAAAUACCGAUUGCUAUUAUCACCGCAGCAUACAAAAGAGUAAUUUUCGCAUUGUGACAGAUUUCGUAACUGAAAUUAUACCUCAAGAGACAUCGUGGGUACAAAUAUCUUGUUAUCUUACGGUACAGUUUAUUUAUUUUUCAACAUUAUCCACCGUUUUUAUUCGUUCUUUCAGCCGUAAAUUUCAUAUAUGUGUUAUAAAAUAAAUGUUGUUUUCACGUAAAACUAA